AUGUCUGAAGAAGAAGUAAAAAGGUUGCUUAAAUUAGUGGAGGAAUCGUUUAAUGAAACUAUAACCGUCAAAUUAGCAAAAAAAAAGAUAAGCGAACUUCCUGUUGAAGUUAUAAACUAUGCAAAUAAUUAUAAUGUUGAUAGAUUGUCAAUUGAAAGCAAUCAAUUGUCAAAACUUCCAAAUGAAAUGUCUAAUUUUACACAUUUAAGAUAUCUUAAUCUUUCUCAAAACCUUUUUAUGGAAUUUCCAGAAGCACUUUGUUUAAUGCCAAGUUUAAAAAUUUUGGAUAUUAGUAAAAAUAAAAUUCGUAAACUACCCCAAGAUUUUGGAAAAUUGAUGACAUUACAGUUGCUGAAAAUUUCAAAAAACCAAAUAAAAAGAAUACCAAAAUAUUUUGCAGAUAUGAAAGAUUUGCAAUAUUUAAAAAUUGAUUACAAUCCAAUUAAAUUUCCACCAAAAGUUAUCCAUAUGAUGCCAAAAGGCGAAGAUAAAGAUUUAGAUGAAGGCAAAAAUAGCAGCAGUGAAGAAGAAAUGGAUUAUCAGUUUGAUUCACAAAAUAAUAGUGAUAAUAAACAAUUAAAAAAAGCAACGUCAGUUGAUAAUAUUAAUUACUUGUCAUCUAAUGUUAGCACAAGACAAAUAGUUGAUGGUGCUGGGUCAUCAUCAUCUUUAAAAACAAUCAAAGAGAAUGACCAAAUGAUGUCAAAACAAGAGAAAAAACGCCUUAAUCCAAAAUUAAGUUUGGAUUUACAACCUGUUCGUCGUAGUCGAAGUCACAGUAAUGAUUUUGAUGCAACAUUAACAAAUUUUAGAAAUACAUUUGUUAAACAUUCAAAAAGUGUAUCCACAGAUUCAAUAAAUUCAACACAGAAUCAAAGUAGUAUUAUUGAAGAAAAACAAAGUGAUUAUUAUUUCCAAAAACUUAGGACACUUCCUCCAUCAGACCAUCUUCAAAUGAGUGAUAUUUCACUGAGAGAAGCUAGCCGAAAUAUUUUAUAUGCAUUUUCACAAGUUCAUAAAGCAAUUUGUCAAUUUGCAAUUGUUACAGGAAAUGAAAAAAUAUUUAUGAAUGAUCUUAACAAAGCAACAACACUGAUUGGACAGUUAAGUGCAGCAUUGGAAAAAUAUGAUAAUUUUGUAUUACAAGCACCACCUGGUGCAGAAUAUUGUAUCAAAUUGCUUAGUACAUGUCAAGAAAGUAUAGCUAGUUUUAAGACAUUAAUGGAACUUUUGAAUAAACGACUCAAAUCACUUACACAAUCUUCAGAUAAUAUGAGAUAUUCUCGUACACUUCUAUUGAUGCUUCAUGGAGCAGUUGCAGAUAUUAAAUUUGCAUGGGAAUUAAUAUUUCCACUAUUAAAUGUUCAUACACCUUAUACUGGAAUGUCUACUCCUUUUAGAUCAAAAUCCAUGUCACGAUCAAAUAGCAGUAAUCUUGCUAAUGUUGUACCGCACUCAGCAGGUGCUGCUUCAUCAUAUUUUUUUGCUAUGCCAUCAUCACCUUACAAUAAUUUAAAUACACCUACAAGUGCAGGAUCACCAAAUAACCCGAAUACAGAUUUUUUAUUUUCAAUAGCUAUAUUUGAUCAACUUCUUUCAAAAGUAGAAUUUGCAAUUAAGGCUGUAGAAAAUGUUAUAAAAUGUUUGUCAGAUAAUGUAAAAGAUGUUUUAGAACCCACCAGCGAAGAUCAGGUGGAAUCCUCAUCAUCUAUCAAAGAUAAGAUGAAUGAAUUGAUAAAAGAUGCAAAUGAAGUUACCAUACACUUAAAAAAAUCUUUAUUAUCAGUAAAAUCAUCUACAAGCAAUAAUAAAGAUGACCCAUCCAUACAACUUAAAGUUUAUGAUGAUACACUGGUUUUUCUUCAGACAACAAUUAAAUUAUGUGAAUUCGCAAAGGAUGUUUCACACAAAUGGCAAUUGAGUAGCAAAGUUAAAGCAGGGCUAAGCCAUGUGAUGAAGUCUUAUACCGAAUUAACAGAUUUAUUAAAUAAAACGCCUGAUUUUUUGGCUAAAAUUACAGCAUUGUUGGUGUAG